CGACUCAUUUGGAAGGACCAGAUCAAUAUUCGUUCUAUGUACACAACUAUUUCAAGAAUCAAGAAUCUUUUGUGAAAUUUUCGACAAAAUAUGGAUUGAUCAUUAACAUUUGUAAUUUAUUGUUAUAUUUGCUAUUGAACUCAAAAUGUUAUUAUUUGAAGGAGAGCCAGCUUUAUUCUUUUUAUUUAUCAUAUCAACAUUGAGUUUAUUGAUUGGUGGUUGCUUAUGGGGAUCAGGCGAAGAUGAAGGUGCAGUAACUAAAAUGACUAUUGGCAUCGUAAUAUUUACUAUAGGAUGUGCUACUACCGUAGCAUUUUUUGUCACAUACACGAUAAAACAAAUUAGAAAAAAACGGAAACGCAAAAAGGAAAUUGAACGUAUUUUACAAUUAAAAGAAGAAGUCAAUGCAUAUGAAGUAUAUAAACCACAAAUCAGUAAAAUGACCGAUGAAGGUUAUGAUAAUGAAGGUAUAGAUCAUAAUGAACGGACAACAACUCUUUAACUAUCACUAAUUAUCAAUAACAGCAUACUUACAUGAGCGUUUGCACAGCAUAGAUCCAUUGAAAACUUUCGAAAUUUAUUAAUCGCGCUAUUAUCUCUUGACUAUUUAUUGUUUAAAUUAUGUCUUUUUCCAUC